AUGGACUCCAGCCAGGGCAGCAGUUCCCAGACAAGUGUCCUCUUCGAUUCGCCAAAGUCCAUUUUUGGCUUUGAGCCCAUCAACGGAUACACCCCUAGUGGUCAGCAGCUGCGGACGCAGCGUUCGCUUCUUGCAGAGCUGCUCCAGGCCUCUGCGGAGGGCCAUGAGUUGGCCGAGGAGAUUGAGGAGGUCGAGGAUGAUUGUUCAACGCGUCUUCCGAUCCCCACUCUUCGACCGAAUUGGUGCACCUGCAACGUGGGCCAGUGCGUUCCGCGGGAGUUCCAUGCCCGCGACUGCGCUAUGACUACAGAGUUUUCUAUGACCAUGCCCCGAAGGGGAGCCGAACACGGUGCUGUCACAGCACCGAUAAACAUUCCAACGAAGACAUAUUACAAGAGCGCCAGGCAAAUUGAGGACCGCCAGCGCCUCAUAUACCAACGCCAAAUGUACCGGAUGCAACUAGAAGCCCAUGAGCAAGCUAUCGCUGCAGGUCGCGCGUAG